GAAGGACUUUGCACUAGUCCGGGUCCCCGCCCCGGGGAUCUCGUCUUGCAACCCCCCUCCCCAGCCUCGAAAAAGAUCCUUCAUCUUCCUUUCCCCAGCUCCCUAAACCCUAUCACCAAAACCGGCUGAUCGGCGGGAGCCGGAAGUGUGCGCUCCCGGGGCGGGUCCCCAGUGAACUCCGCCGGAAGUAGCCAUUGCUAGGGGAUCCUUUCGCUCAGCAUGGCGGCGAUUCCCCCUGACACCUGGCAGCCGCCCAACGUCUACCUGGAGACUAGAGUUGACAAAACAGCAUGUAGCUGCCCUGUGGUGUGGUAGUUCCUGUGUUAUCUCCCUUUUCAAGAGUCUCAUGGGGGUCAUUGUGUUGGAGCUGUACUGGAAGCAUGCGCCGAAGACCUGCAAGAACUUUGCAGAGCUGGCUCGGCGGGGCUACUACAACGGCACCAAAUUCCACAGGAUCAUCAAGGACUUCAUGAUCCAGGGCGGUGACCCGACAGGGACAGGUCGAGGCGGCGCAUCUAUCUACGGCAAACAGUUUGAGGAUGAACUUCAUCCGGACCUGAAGUUCACUGGGGCUGGGAUUCUUGCAAUGGCCAAUGCAGGACCAGACACCAAUGGCAGCCAGUUCUUUGUGACCCUCGCUCCCACCCAGUGGCUGGACGGCAAACACACCAUCUUUGGCCGAGUGUGCCAGGGCAUAGGGAUGGUGAAUCGAGUGGGCAUGGUGGAGACAAACUCCCAGGACCGUCCCGUGGAUGACGUGAAGAUCCUUAAGGCAUACCCUUCUGGGUAGACGGGAUGCUGUCUCGGGCACACCCAGGUCUUCUAAGAUGGUCCCAGGGAGCCGUCUUCCGAUGCCAUAGUGUGCCUUGUAUCAGUGUCAUGCAUACCUACUCUGACACCCUCGGAACCAAAGGAAGCCGAGGGGUCCUCUUCGGGGGCAUUUGUGUUCCGGCCAACAGUCACAGACUUGAGAAGCAGGCGGUGUUGAUGAGGCGUUAACUGCACAGCCCUUUCAGCCGCCAAUGUGUGCUCUUCCAGGAAUAUACAUGCUCUCUAUUUUCCCGCAGAGCCUGAGCAUCAACACCACCGCUUCUGACACUAAACAUCCCACGCAAAGCCAUAUUGAAUUUUUGCCAAAUGAAAAAUGCAUCCAGCAAUCAAGUUGCUAAGGAGGUAUCAAGUGGGGAAUGCUAAUGUGUAAUGAUUGAGAAAUGGAUCUUGGAAGAGGAAGCAGGAGCGCUGACCAUUUGCCCCCGGGAAGCACUGGCAGUCCUGAGCACAAGGCCAGUCCUUCAAGAGUCUCGCUCACAUGCAGUGACACACAGGGCUUUAGAGAGAGUAGGUAAGAGGUUUUUAUACAUGACAUCUUUUUUUUUUUUUUUUUAAUCUUUCUGGAUGUGCAGGGAGUGUGGGGCUGAAAAGAAGGAUGUUAAUACCUAUGUAAUACAUAGAAAUUUCCAGAAUAAAGUACCAUUGGUGGUCGAAAUCA